ACGGCAUCCAACGGCGAUCAAGAAAAAGGAGGGAAAGAAUGGGGGCCAUUGGAUCUCACUGAGUUGUCCUUCACUCACCUAUAUAUACAUUUCUAGGGUUCAUAUUCUUCCUCGUUUUUCAUCCCCGAUCGAGCUGUAUUUCUCCCGCUCGAUCGUCGGAAUCUUGCCGAAAAUUCACGAAUUUUCUUCUUACUCCCCCGGCCUCGCCACGCUCCGGCCAUCUCGCCGGAAAUUUUGUUUAGUCGCUCGGUACAGGAAGAUGAGAGAAAUCCUUCACGUUCAGGGUGGGCAAUGCGGUAACCAGAUCGGAUCGAAGUUCUGGGAGGUAGUCUGCGAUGAGCACGGCAUAGAUCCUACCGGUAGGUAUACCGGAACGUCCGAUCUGCAACUUGAGCGUGUCAAUGUUUACUACAACGAGGCUUCCUGCGGGCGGUUCGUUCCCCGUGCGGUACUCAUGGAUCUGGAGCCCGGAACCAUGGACAGUGUACGGACGGGUCCUUACGGACAGAUCUUCCGCCCCGAUAACUUUGUUUUUGGGCAAUCUGGUGCCGGAAAUAACUGGGCGAAGGGGCAUUACACUGAAGGGGCGGAGCUAAUUGAUUCCGUUCUUGAUGUUGUGAGGAAGGAGGCUGAGAACUGUGAUUGCCUUCAAGGUUUUCAAGUGUGUCACUCAUUGGGUGGAGGAACUGGAUCUGGAAUGGGUACCUUGCUCAUCUCGAAGAUUAGGGAAGAGUACCCUGAUCGGAUGAUGCUCACGUUUUCCGUGUUCCCCUCCCCAAAGGUUUCAGACACAGUUGUUGAACCCUACAAUGCCACUCUUUCUGUUCAUCAGCUCGUUGAAAAUGCAGAUGAGUGUAUGGUGCUUGAUAACGAAGCUUUGUAUGAUAUAUGCUUUAGGACUCUGAAGCUAACUACUCCUAGCUUUGGCGAUCUGAAUCAUUUGAUCUCUGCGACAAUGAGUGGUGUCACCUGCUGUCUCAGGUUCCCAGGUCAGCUGAACUCUGACCUGAGGAAGCUUGCAGUGAAUUUGAUCCCAUUCCCCCGUCUCCACUUCUUCAUGGUUGGAUUUGCUCCUCUAACCUCCCGUGGUUCCCAGCAAUACCGAGCCUUGACAGUACCAGAGCUGACACAGCAGAUGUGGGAUGCCAAGAACAUGAUGUGUGCAGCUGACCCACGUCAUGGCCGCUACCUUACAGCCUCAGCUAUGUUCAGGGGUAAAAUGAGCACCAAGGAAGUGGAUGAACAAAUGAUCAACGUGCAAAACAAGAACUCUUCCUACUUUGUGGAGUGGAUCCCAAACAAUGUCAAGUCCAGUGUGUGUGACAUUCCACCAAAGGGACUGUCAAUGGCGUCCACCUUCAUUGGAAACUCCACUUCCAUCCAGGAGAUGUUCAGAAGGGUGAGUGAGCAGUUCACUGCUAUGUUCAGGAGAAAGGCUUUCUUGCACUGGUAUACUGGUGAAGGAAUGGAUGAAAUGGAGUUCACAGAAGCAGAAAGCAACAUGAAUGACCUUGUCUCAGAGUACCAGCAAUACCAGGAUGCCACUGCUGAUGAGGAAGGUGAUUAUGAGGAGGAUGAGGAAGGCAUCCAGGAGAUGUGAAGAAGGAACAACUAAUGUAGACCUACUUGAUUUAUGUUGAAUGAUGCUAGUUAUGUCUACUACUUUUUUCAAGUGCUUGAAAAUUUUUGGUUUCCAUCUGAUUGGGCUGGUGAUGAUGGGGAUAGUAGUACAAGUCCCAGAGUUGGGAAAGUUGUGCACUUUUCUUUCUCUUGGGAUGAGUAGAUGUAGCAGAAAUGAUUCUGGUGUAGUGAAAAAUUGAUGGGAUGUUGAAAGAUGCUAGGUUUUGUUACUUUCGUUCCUUUAUAUUGCAUAUUCUAUUCAGUGUAUGUAGUAUAAGCACCUUUUCCGUUGUCCCGAAGUCUCUUGUCCUCCAUGUUUUAUCAAUCACUGUUGGUUUCUGUUACAAUUUAGUAAGAAUUGGUUUAUGCGCCUAUUUUUGUUC